AUGUCGACACUGGAGAGCUACUCUCAGCGCUGUAGGGACAGUACGUUUGGCCCUACUGUCCCUGGAAUCGUAGAGUGCCGGGGCGGGUUCGACUUUACAGUAACAUUUGAAGAAAGCAUAUUUUCCGUUGGCCCAUCAUGUUUGAUCAUUGUCUUGCUUGUUUACAGGAUCUACUUUCUCCACUCAAAAAGCUGUAAAACUCGCAACUCGUGGUUGCUCAAGAUCAAGUUGUUUGGCUUUGCCGUGCUUGCUGCUCUACAGGCUACCUUAUUGGCUCUGUUCUCUACGAUUGAAGUACCUCAUGGCUCUAUUCUUAUAGCAUCCGCAACUUUCCAACUUUCAGCGAGCAUUCUAUUUGGUAUCUUAUCAUAUCAGGAACAUCGCCAUACAGUCAGACCAUCGUUCCUCAUAUCAGCCUUCUUAUUAGUAACAGCCAUACUCGAUGCCGCCAGAGCAAGAACACAGUCUCUCAUACCGAGUAGUAAUGUAGCCGGGAAUGUAUUGAUCACUCUCGUGGUGUUGAAGUUACUCCUCGUGGUUGCCGAAACUCAUCAUAAAAGUAGUGAUCUAUUACCCGAAUAUUCAAAGACAUCUUCGGAGCUUCGAAGCAGUCUUUUGUCUCGAGCCUUCUUUACUUGGCUAUUCCCAGUUUUGUCAAUGGGCUUUAAGAGUGUGAUAUCUUCAGAAGAUCUACCAGCCAUAAACGAGAAGCUAUCAUCCCAGGAACUUACCGCCAAGGUCGACACAAGAUGGAACAGAAGAGUAUCGAUGGGAGCCCUUUCCCUCAUGAUAGACGUUCUUUCGAGUUUCCCAAAAGAGCUUUGCAUGGUUCUACUUGCCAAUCUAGUUCAAGUUGGACUCAAUAUAUGUCAGCCAUUCCUUAUUCAACAACUAGUUACGUUCUUAGACUCGACCAACAGCCCUAUGAGUGUGGGUUAUGGCCUCCUUGGGGGAUUCUUCUGUGUGUCCCUUACCAACGCUUUGGUUAUCCCAUGGGGAUUCCACUAUUCUAGUCGUCUGAUGAUCAUGGCUCGAGGAGCACUUGUAUCCAUGAUCUACACUAAGCUACUGAAACUGAAAGGAGACAACUUGACAAGGAUGACUGCUUUCACCCUUGUUACUGCCGAUGUCGAGACUAUCGUAAACGAUUCAUGGAGGUUGUUGGAGCCAUGGGCCCAUCUUCUGCAAAUUAUCAUUGGGACGUAUCUACUCUACCGGCAGUUGGGCGUAGUGUGCUGUGUUCCAAUUAUUGUCAUCCUUCUCACUUUUACACUUGUUGCCGUUGUAGGAUCAAGAAUCCCUGGUCACCAAGGUGCCUGGUUCAAGGCUAUCGAGAGAAGAAUCGACUUGACAAGCCACAUCCUAAGCUCUUUGCAUCCUGUUAAACUUCUUGGUCUUUCCAAAAUUAUGGAAGACAAAUUGCAUCAGAGACGAAAGGAUGAACUACAGAUAUCGCAGAGAUUUAGAGUAGUCAACUGUCUUGCACUAGCAUCAGCCUAUGCCCCUCAGGCAUUAGCACCUCUCAUCACCUUCGGUGCAUAUUCUAUUGCAAAACUUGUUACCAAUCAACCGAACUUCUCGGAAGCAACGGCUGUCACCAGCUUCUCCAUCCUCAAUCUUGUUUCUAUACCAGCCAUGCAACUUCUUCUCGCGAUACCAAUGGGUGCACAGGCAAUCGGGUGUUAUGGAAGAAUUCAGAAGUUUCUUCAGAGUACCGAACAUUCCCCUGAUUUGGUGUCUGCUGCAAACAGUUCCUCUAUAAACACGAUGAACGCGAGUCAGCAGCACAUCAUGGAGUCAGAAACAUCGAUUGCAUUAGAACACUUCAAAAAGCCUGCUGAGAUUAUCCAAGAAGAUCCGCCCCUCAUAUCAACUCCAGCAAUUCAAUUUAUGCCCAAAGGGAUCAUCGCCAUCACUGGUCCAAGUGGUUGUGGAAAAUCUACAUUGUUGCGAGAACUGCUGGCAUCUGAGGAAAGUGACAUCGCUUACUGCUCCCAAACAGCCUGGAUCUUUCAGGGCACCUUUCGUGACAACAUCAUUGGGCAUUCUGGACUAGAUGAGAAAUGGUAUCAGUCGGUCAUUCGUACUUGCGAACUUCAUGUGGACUUGGACAGCAUGCCUAAAGGAGACGAGACCGAUGUCGGUAGUGGAGGAUCAAAGUUGAGUGGUGGACAGAAACAACGAGUUGCCAUUGCUCGAGCUCUGUACUCAAAGAAGAAAAGAAUCAUUCUUGACGACGUGACUAGUGCUCUGGAUGGUCAGACUACGUCUUCCAUAAUUAAGAGCAUCUUUGGUACAGGUGGGAUUCUUCGGUCGCAUGGCAUUUCAACCAUAUUGGUUACACAUUCUUGUCAUAUACUCCGACUGGCUGACGAGGUCUUCUUGAUGGACUGCAAUGGCCAAAUGAGUGAUUCAGGCAAUUAUGAUGAUCUUGUACAACGGCACUCAUAUCUCUCAGAGCAUCAAGACCCAGUUCCGACACAGCCCUACUCCUCAGACACCCCAUCCCAGGCCCAAGAGCUGGAGACAAGUCUUGGGGAAUAUGAAUCACGACUUCAAGUUAAGCUUGAUGAUUUACAAAGAAAGAAAGGAGAUUGGAAGUCAUUCAUGUACUAUCUCAAAGCCAUGGGGUGGCUCGGUUUCUUUGCCUUUGUCGCCGGGACUAGCGCAUAUGUGGUACUCAAUGCUUUAUUCGGUGUUUGGCUUGUCUGGUGGGCCGAUGAUACCGAUGGUAGUCAUGGUCUUGGUUUCUGGCUAGGUCUAUAUGCCACUUGGGCCGUGUUGAUCACACUUGGAGUUUUGGCUACCCCUGUAUAUUUCUUCACUAGCCUGGCAACUAAAGCGUCUCAUGUUAUGCAUGCUGAUCUUUUGACGGCCACUAUGAGAGCUCCCAUAUCGAUCCUCGCCAACACCGAAGACAGGGGAUCACUCGUAAACAGAUUUAGCCAAGACAUCCGUUUGUGCGAUUGGCAACUACCUUUCAAUAUUCUUCUGACAUUAAUGGCACUUCUCGCUUGUCUCGCCAGUAUUGGUGUGGCUAUUUCAGCAGUUCCAUACGUAGCCAUAGGCGCACCUGUUCUUGCUGUUGUUCUCUAUUUUUUGCAGAAAUUGUACUUACGUACCUCUCGACAACUGCGGCUUCUCGAGAUCGAACAGAAAGCACCUAUCGUGUCGUUAUUUCUUGACAGCAUACAAGGAAUCACAACAAUUCAAUCUUUCGGAUGGGUCUCUGCUUACGUUGAGAAGAGCUAUGCACUAUUGGAUGCGUCACAGAAGCCCUAUUAUCUUCUUUUUUGCGUUCAAAGAUGGCUGAUUCUUGUUGUUGCCCUCAUCGCUACGGGUAUGGAGCUGGUAGUAAUUGGUGUUGCUAUAUCCCUCAAAACCCAAGUGAGUCCCGGAUUGGUCGGACUGGCUGUCGUUCAUGUCACGACCUUGGCGAGAAGUCUUAGUGAUCUCGUCAUGCAAUGGACAGAGAUGGAAACAUCACUUGGCGCUGUCUCUCGAAUCUACAGGUUCACCAAGGAGGCACCACGAGAGGCAGAGCGCGGUAGGGGGUCCGUAGCUUUGCCCGAGAAUUGGCCUUUAUCUGGCCGUAUUACCUUUGAGAACGUCAGCGCCACAUAUGAUACUGGCAAGCAGGAAACGCCUAACCUAGCCUUGGACAGUAUCACAUUGACCAUAAGAGCUGGUGAGAAAAUUGGUAUAUGCGGCAGGACAGGCAGUGGAAAGAGUACUCUUAUGGCUACCCUCUUGCAGAUACUACCAUGUUACCAGGGUCGGAUAUUUAUCGAUGAUACAGACACCUCGACACUUCACCCUGAAGACGUACGCUCAAGGCUCAACUACGUUACCCAAGAUCCAUUCCUUUUUGACGAUACCAUACGGGAGAACUUAAAUCCUUGGAAUGAUAUAUAUUCCGACGAUGCCAUGACUCUGGCUUUGGAAAAGGUCAACCUUCUCAGGAAAGUCAUAUCUUUAGGAGGGCUCGAUGGACCCGUGACCAGCGACUCGUUUUCGCACGGCGAGAAGCAAUUAUUCUGCCUGGCAAGGAGUCUUUUGCGAAAAAGCAGUAUAUUGGUACUUGAUGAACCCACAGGACAUAUCGAUCCCAUCACGGAUGCGAUAGUGCAGGAAGUCAUCAAAAGCGGAUUCCCGGGUCAAACUAUCAUCAUGAUUGCGCAUCGUUUGCAUUCAUUGCUCGAUUUUGACAAGGUUAUUGUGUUAGAUCGCGGGAGAAUUUGCGAGAUGGGAGCACCGAGUGCUCUCUUAGAGGACGGCAAUUCAGCAUUCCAUGCUCUAUACUAUGCUGCUACUUAG